CUUUUGAUGACGUUUUGAGGUUUCCGGUCAAAAAACCAGGAAGUGAAAUUACUCACCAACAUACCUUUUAGUAAUUUUACUUCAAAACAAAGUAAAGAAGAUGCCUUGGUUUGGCCAAGGAGCGAAGAAAAGCAAAUUGCCUGGCUCAACAGAGCUUCAAAUGCAACGGACUAAGCAAAUUGAGUCUUUGAGAAGAGGAAACUUGAAUGUGAUAGAAACUCUAAGAGAUGUUGAAUACAGAUUAAAUAUCCAGACAGCUGGCAACACUCUAACUUUAAUUAUAAAUCUACCACCACAGUUUCCACAAGAUAAACCAAGUAUAACAGUUCAACCAGCUGUCAGACAUCCAUGGGUAGAUGCAAAUUCCAAAGUUUCUAAUUGUCCAAGUAUAAACAAUUUUUCUGUACAUUCUAGUCUGAAUUCUGCUGUCCAAUCUGUGGUUGAUGAAUUCAGGUCAAAUCCACCAGCACUUGUAUCUCAUGUUCCAUA